GUUGUCCUAGUUUUGUUUCAAGAACUAUUACUGUUUGCACUUCAAAAGGGCGUUUUUACCACGAUAAAAGUGUUGUCUAAUUUAUUUUUUCUUCCUCCUCAUUUGUUGUUCCAUUUGCAAGAUUUUCUGGGAGUUGAGGGGCUAUGUAUUGGCUCAAAUCUGCUACAUAUUAGAGGAAUGGAGAGUGAGAAAGUAAGCCAUGUCCAAUCAAAUAACCAUACAUCAGAAGACAACAACAACACAAGGUCAUUUCCUUGUUUAUAUUGUUCAAGAAAGUUUCACAGUUCACAAGCAUUGGGUGGUCAUCAAAAUGCUCACAAGAAAGAAAGGACAGCAGCUAGAAAGAACAAGAGAUCAAUUAUGCCAUCUCAUCAUCAUCAUCAUGACUAUGCUACUAACUUCUCUUCACUACUACCACAAGGCACGCCUCUUGUUUUUGCACCUAAUCAUCAUCCCAUUGGCCUUAUAAAUCAUCCUUCUCUUUACAUUACUGCUCAUGCAGCCAACUUUUGCCACUUCCCACCUAGCCAACAACAGUUUUCUAGCAGAUCAUUUGGAUCAAAUGGAGCACCAAGAUUUGAAAAUAAUAAUAAUAAUAAUAACGCGACGAUCCUCUAUCGAAAUCAAUUUGGGAACUAUAUGAAUAAUAGUAAUAGUAACCCUUAUGUGUGCAACGAUGACUUCUUUGAAGAAUGUCAAGAGAACGUACCAACUUUUGUUAAGGACGAUAGAGAUCAGAAGCUUGAUUUGUCACUUCAUUUAUAAUUUCCCUUUUUUUUUG